AUAGGGUGACUGCUGACUGGGCUACUGGGGUCCCAGUCCCGCUGCCCCUGUGGUUCCCAGCAUGGCCGAAGCCUUUGACCUCCGCCCGAAGAAGGGCGUCAGGGGGGUCUCCUGGACGCGGCAGGAGACCCUGGACCUCAUCUCCAUUUGGGGGGAGGAGAGGGUCCAGCAGCAGCUCAAAGAGUCCCACAGAAACAUAGACAUAUUUGAGAACAUUGCCAGGCAGAUGAGGAAAAGGGCCCAUCGCAGGACGGCGGAGGAAUGCCGCACAAAGAGCAAGUCCCUCCGGCAGAAGUACCACAAUGCGCGGAGUGGGAACGGAGCGGCCGCCAUGCCGUAUUUUGAGGAGCUUCACAGCAUCUUCCAGAAAGAUGCCACCGUUCACCUCAAGAGAGUGCCGUGUGGUGCCACUGUUCAUGCCCUCCCCACCGGGCAGACCGCCACUGCUGAACAUGGCUAUGCUGACCUCCUGGAAGAGUCCUCCCGUGAAAUGUUCACCAGCAACUCAGCUGAUGCUGAGUUAUCUGACUCCCCAGAUCUUGAUGAAACAGUCAUCACCUUAACUUCUGCGGAGCAGUCUCCUGCUACAGCACCCCAGUUUGGGGGACAGGGUGUCCCAGCAUCGCCUGAAGGGUGCAGCAUCCCUGCAUGUUCUCUUACCACUUCAUCAGCAAAUGACAGAAACCACAAAGGUGUCCAGGAGUCUGGGUGCGAGUUGUUGUGGAGUUCUGGGAGAAGAGAGCAAGAGCCUGUGGUGGCCAACCGCAAAGCCACCCUUUCUCCAGAAGCCCGCUUUGCCGAAUACAGGAAGAGGAGAGAGCGGCGGGCGGCGGGGGACAUGGCUGAUCGUCUAAUAGCGCACUCCACGGCACAGUUGAGGGAGCUGCUCAGUCAUUUAGAGCGGGAGGGGAAAGAAUACAUGGAAUAUAGGCGUAAGGAGGAUGAACGCCAGAGGUUUGAGGAUGAAUGUGCCAGAAGGGAUCGGGAACGCAUUACCACCUGCAUUGAGAAACAGACUGGCCUUCUUGCAACCCUAGUAGAGAAAAUAGGACAAUCUCAGGGCUCGGUCAAGGGGAUGAAAGGUUGUGCCCAACAAAAGGGGAAUAUUCCAUCAUCCCAGGAGCAAGACACAGAAAUGGAAAUGAACAGUCGGGACUAUAUAGAUGUAAACCCCCAGCAACCUCCAGGUAGCCAGGAAGAGAGUGAAGCGCCUGGUACCUCUUUCGGGUUUACACCACAAAACGGAGCCAUCCCAGGUUCACACAAGGGGAAGGCAGCAAGAUUUAUCAGGCAUCCCACCCCAUACUCUCCCUGACAUAAAGUGGUCCCUAGUGAUAGUUUUUUUCUUCUUGUUUUAUUGCUUGUUAGCAAGCAUUUUGUUUAGCUCAGUUCUGAUAUGGAUAUGCUCUGCAAUAAGGAAUGUAACUGUCACCCUAUACUCCAGACAUAACUGUGACAUCCAUUCUUUGCUACUGUGCUGCAUGUUCAGCCUUAAUCUUGGUAAACAUUGUUGUAAAUAAAAAUAAGCACCAAAAACUGA